UUGGAGAUAAACAAAUGUUUCUACAUAUAUCACUUACUAAGGCAACAUUGUAAAAUAUAUUUUUUGAAACCUAUUCAAUAAGACAGCAGACGCACUUCUUAUUUCCACUAAUGAGAAACUACUGACAUCUUUGUUUUCCUUAGUGUAUACAGAAAGUUUUUCUUAGUUAACAACUAGUAGCAAGUUCAAGUUAACUAAAUAAAUAAUUAAACAAUUUUUCGCAUUGUUAUUUCAUUCUUUCUAGGAAAGACGAUUAUUUGUGAUACAUACAAGUGUAUUUUCAGUGAUGUCCUAUUUGUAACAAUGAAAAAUAUCAAGCGUAACUAACAACUGGAAAAAAUACAUAUAAGUUGUUGAUACUGGAGAAAAUUAGUAAACUUUACAAAUGGAUAUCGGAGAAUUACUAUCGUAUAAACCGCCGAAUACGCCAAAGAGACCUGUGGCAGGUGAAGAAGAUGACGAAGAUGAAUGGGAAAAUGCUAAGAAACCGAAACGAGUCAUUAAAACCCCGUAUCAUCCGCGUCAAAGACAAACGAGGGAGGUUGAAGUUACUCCGGUCAGAAGUAGUGAACCACCUACACCUAUUAGAGCUGCUUUACCUUCGCCAGCGAACGAUGUAGUUGAACCACAAUUGACGGAGAAAGAGAAGCAGGAUAUUCUAAAAUAUGUGGAAACUGAGGCCCCAGAAGUAGAAGCUCUGGAUGAAGCAACUCUUAAAAGAAUGGUGUUAUUGUUUGAGAAAAGAGCUCUACGAAAUCAAGAGAUGAGGGUGAAGUUUCCUGACCAACCAGAAAAAUUUAUGGAAUCUGAGGUCGAACUACAUGAAACUCUUCAAGAACUUCAUGUUGUUGCUACUAACCCAGAUCUUUAUCCAUUAAUGGUAGAAUUGGGUGCUGUACCUUCUUUGCUUGAAUUAUUAUCUCAUGAGAAUACAGACAUAGCAGUUGGUGUUGUUGAUCUCUUGCAAGAGUUAACAGAUGUAGACAUUCUCCAUGAAAGUCAAGAGGGAGCCGAUACACUUAUUGAUGCAUUAUUAGAGCAACAGGUUUGUGCUCUUCUUGUACAGAAUCUUGAGAGACUGGAUGAGACUGUUAAAGAAGAAAGUGAUGGGGUUUACAAUACUUUAGCUAUCUUUGAAAACCUUUUGGAAUUCAGACCUGAUCUGUGUACUGAUGCAGGAAAACAAGGAUUGAUGCAGUGGCUGUUGCGUAGAAUUAAAGCAAAAGCACCAUUUGAUGCUAAUAAACUCUAUGCCAGUGAACUUCUGUCUAUUCUGUUACAAAGUACACCAGAGAAUAGGCUUCUGCUUGGUGAACUUGAUGGAAUUGAUGUUUUACUGCAACAAUUAGCGUAUUAUAAAAGACACGAUCCCCAAACAGCUGAAGAACAAGAAAUGAUGGAGAAUUUGUUCAAUGUAUUGUGUUCAUGUUUGAUGGCAACAGUGAACAGAGACCGAUUUUUAAGAGGAGAGGGAUUACAGCUAAUGAACUUAAUGUUGAGAGAAAAGAAAAUGUCUAGAAAUGGCUCUCUUAAAGUAUUAGAUCAUGCAAUGAAUGGUCCAGAUGGAAGAGAUAAUUGUAGUAAAUUUGUCGAUAUCCUCGGAUUGAGAACUAUAUUCCCCUUGUUUAUGAAAACACCGAUAAAGAAUAGGAAGAAGAUGCUCACUGCAGAAGAACAUGAAGAACAUGUAGUAUCGAUUAUUGCAAGUAUGUUGAGGAACUGUAAAGGUCAACAACGACAGAGAUUAUUGAGUAAAUUCACUGAAAAUGAUUAUGAGAAGGUAGAUCGAUUAAUGGAGCUUCAUUUCAAAUACUUGGAGAAAGUAGAAGAGGUUGAAAAAAAUACAAAGGAAGAUGAAGAUGAAGAGGAAUCGUACCUGAGAAGACUGGACGGGGGACUGUUCAUUUUACAAUUAGUAGAUUAUGUACUUUUAGAAGCUUGUACCGGUUGUCCGCCUGCAGUAAAACAGAGAGUUACGCGUAUUUUAGCACAAAGAAGAGCUUCCCUCAAAACUAUUAGGCACAUCAUGAGAGAAUAUGCUGGAAAUCUUGGUGAUGCUGGAGAUCCAGAAUGGCGAGAAGCGGAGCAACAGCACAUAUUACAAUUGAUUGAUAAGUUUUGAUGUAUGCUCCUUAACAAAAAAUUACAAAAUUCGGAUCUCGUCGGUAUAUUUGAAUCGUUAUGCUUUAUUAGCGUUUAAUAUACGAUCAAGAUUUGUUAUACGAAACGUUCUUUUCUAUACAUAGGAAAAUAGAGUAAGUUUGGAAGAUAAUUAAAUGCGUGUGUAUUUGUUGCCAAA